CAGAUUCGACGAGCUAAUAUUUACUCAACCGUUUGAUCAAUUACUUGCGACAAGACCCAAUUUUUUAUCAACACCAAUGUAAACACAAGACCUAAUUUUAGAAUUCCUUUUAUUUAUAUGUUUGCUCUUAUUUUCAUUACUUGCGACAAAAAUAUUCUAAAAACACAUACUACUAUUCAGCUCUUCAAAUAUUAUUUAUUUCCUAAACAAUAACACACUAUUAGAAUUAAACGUCUAUGCUUCUAAACUUUCCUUAUCCUUUUUUUCAUCUGUCGUGUGUUUCAUUGAUAUCAAAACAAUUCCACGUGAACCCUCGUUGUUUAUAUUCCCAUUGUGUUGAUGAUCAUGUUGAGAACAAUUGUGAUAACCAAAUUUUCCAUCUUAAGCAUCAAAUUCAUGUUUCUGACGCAUCCUCCUUUCACGAAUCUCUUAUAAAUGGGUCAACCCAGAUAACCCAUUUGCAUCAGAUUCAUACCCAGUUGAUAAUUUCUGGACUUUAUGGAAAAAAUAGUUUCUUUGUAUCUAAAUUUAUCAAUGCCUGCUUGGAAAUCGAUGAGAUUGAAUAUGCCCGUAAGGUGUUCGAUGAAUUUCCCCAACCAAAUAUGUUUCUAUGGAAUGCCAUUAUUGGAGGAUAUUGUAAAUUUAACAUGUUAGAUGACUUAAUUGAGAUGUUUUCAAGAAUGAGGAAAACAGGUGUGAGUACCAAUUCCUAUAUUCUUAAUCGCGUCCUCAAGGCGUGCACUGGUUCAAAGCUGCUUGGGAUGGGUGAGGCUGUCCAUGGGAAUAUUUUCAGGCUUGGGUAUGAAUCUGAUGUGUUUGUGCAAAAUGGGCUUGUUUCAUUAUAUGCCGAGUGUGGUAGUAUUGAUUGUGCCAAAAAAAUUGUUUAUGAUGUUGUUUCUUGGUCAGCCAUUAUUUCGAAAUGUGCACGAAAUGGUGAUUCCAUUGAGGCUUUGAACCUUUUCAGUGAAAUGAGGAUGAUGAAUGUGAAACCUGAUUGGAUUACUCUUGUCAGUGUUCUUAGAGCUUGUACUGAUCUUGAUUAUUUAGAACAAGGGAAAUCUCUCCAUGGUUGUAUCAUAAAAAUGGGUCUUGAAUUUGAAAAUGAUUUGCAAAUUUCACUUACUGCUAUGUAUGCUAAAUGCGGGCAAGUUAUCGUGGCAAGAUCUUUGUUUGAUUGGAUCCAUACUCGAAAUGUGAUUUCGUGGAAUGCUAUGAUCUCAGGAUAUGCUAAAAAUGGUUACGCUGAGGAAGCCUUAGAGCUGUUCAAAACAAUGAUCAUGAAAAAGAAUAUAAAGGCAGAUUCUAUCACUGUCAGGGCUGUUAUUCUAGCCUGUGCUCAAGUUGGUUCACUUGAUACGGCAAGAUGGAUAAAUGAUUACGUCGAUAGAACUGAUUACAGGAAUCAUGUGUUUGUCAAAACAGCACUUAUUGAUAUGUAUGCUAAAUGUGGAAGCAUGGAAUUAGCUAAACAAGUUUUUAAUGGGAUUGUGGUUAAGGAUGUUGUAGUUUGGAGUGCCAUGAUCGUAGGAUACGGAGUACAUGGUUGUGGUCGAGAGGCAAUCGAUCUUUAUGAUGAAAUGAUGCGAGCUAAAGUUAACCCGAAUGAUAUCACUUUUCUCGGCCUCCUUAUGGCUUGUAAAAACUCCGGUCUUGUAAAAGAAGGAUGGGAUUUCUUCCAUAGAAUGAAAGAUUAUGGCAUACAGCCUCUUCAGCAACAUUAUGCUUGUGUUGUUGAUUUGCUCGGUCGUGCAGGUUAUUUGGCUGAGGCGUACAAAUUCAUUGUUAGAAUGCCUAUUCAACCAGGGCUAACCAUAUGGGGCGCUCUUUUGAGUGCUUGCAGGAUCCAUCGCCAUGUGCGAAUGGGAGAAUAUGCGGCUGCUCAGUUGUUUAGGAUAGAUCCUUAUGAUACAGGACACUACGUGCAGUUAUCGAAUCUUUAUGCUGCAGCUUGUAUGUGGGAUCAGGUUAAUGAAGUUCGUAAACUUAUGAAAGUACGAGGGUUGAACAAAGAUUUUGGAUAUAGUCUAAUUGAGAUUAACGGAAAGGUUCAAGUGUUUCGUGCAGGUGAUAAGUCCCAUCCAAAAUCCGAGGAAAUUUGGAAUGAGCUUGCUGAUAUCGAAAGGAGGUUAAAGGAAGUUGGGUUUUCCCCGGAUAUGGAAUCUAACUUACAUGAUUUGACUAGCGAAGACGUUCAAGAUCUAUGUAAUCAUAGCGAGAGGCUAGCCGUUGCUUAUGGUCUUAUUUCAACACCACCGGGAAGCACCCUUCGGAUAACUAAAAACCUUAGGGCUUGUGUCAACUGUCAUUCGGCCAUUAAGAUUAUAUCAAAACUAACCAAUCGGGAAGUAAUUGUUCGAGAUGCUAUUCGAUUCCAUCAUUUUAAAGAUGGAGUUUGUUCUUGUGGAGAUUAUUGGUGAAGUCAUAUAGUAGAUGUUUAAAGAGUCGAGACUAAAUGUGUACAUAUUUGAUGAACAUGGAGUAUUCGACAACUCGACAUCUAACUAUGUGAUGCAGAUUAGUCAUGGCCCAUUUUCGGCCCAACCUUACAAAGCCCUUCAAAAAACGGGCCGGAUAAGGGAUCAAAAUGGGGCUCGGCCAAUUGAACACUCUAGUCAUGGGUUUAGAACACUUUGGUCUGCUUUUUGAAGAGGUUAGCAUCAUAAAGAAGAUGCAUUGUGAUUUGUUAAUUUAGAUUUUAACAAGAUCGUUUAAAGCUUUCCUUCUAGAAUAGAUUAUGGCCUGUGAUUCUUUACAUCACAUACAAGUAUAGUAGGAUUUCAAGGGCUAGGAUUUAGUAUUGUUGUUCGUGUCUGGGACUGAACACAAUUUGGUUAGCACUAAGCUUGGUUAGUGCUAAAGAAAGCUUAUGACAGUGUUUGUUGGAUGAGAGGCUGGUCUUUGUUAUCUUUGCCUUUUUUGCAGUAAGGCCAUUUCAACAACUAGUCUGCACAUGUAACACAGAGUUUGACGUCGUGAAUCAAUCUGACAUUCAAGUGAAUGACAUUACAAAA